AUUCUUUUGGGUGGCAGUGGGAAGCAACCACAAGAAAGGUUGAAAGAUAAUGGUGGUGUCAUCACUGUCUCCUUCCAAUUCCAUUCUUCACUUUCUUCCCUCCUCGGAUCCACCUUACAAGCUUCUCCAACAACACCCUUAUCUCUAUCUCCUCGCCAAAUGCAACAACAUCAACACCCUCAAACAAAUUCACUCACUCUUUGUCAAAACGGGUCUCCACAACACCGUUUUCGCCCAGAGCAAACUCAUCGAGUUUUGCGCCGUUUCUCCCUCCGGCGACCUCUCUUACGCUCUCUCCCUCUUCCAUUCCCUUCACCAACCCAACCACUUCGUCUGGAACACCCUCAUUCGUGGCCACUCAUUCACUCUCUCUCCCAUUUCCUCCUUUCAACUCUAUGUUGGCAUGUUGCACUCUGGGGUGCAACCCAAUUCCCACACUUUCCCUUUCCUUUUCAAGUCUUGCGCCAAAGCCAGAGCUACCCAUGAAGGGAAACAGCUUCACGCUCAUGUUCUUAAGCUUGCCCUUCACUCUCACCCACAUGUCCACUCUUCCAUUAUUCACAUGUAUUCUUCUGUUGGUGAGUUAACUUGUGCACGCUUGGUGUUUGAUAAAAGUACUCUUAGAGAUGCGGUUUCUUUCACCGCUCUUGUUACUGGGUAUGUCUCCGAGGGUUACGUGGAUGAUGCUCGACGGCUUUUUGAUAAAAUUCCCGCCAAAGAUGUGGUGUCGUGGAAUGCCAUGAUUGCAGGGUAUGUUCAGAGUGGUCGCUUUGAAGAAGCAUUGGGUUGUUUUACCCUCAUGCAGGAGGCUAACGUGUCGCCCAAUCAGAGUACAAUGGUGAGUGUACUUUCUGCUUGCGGGCACUUGGGAUCGCUUGAGUUGGGAAACUGGGUCGGUUCGUGGAUUAGGGAUAAUGGGCUUGGGUCAGAUCUUCACCUUACUAAUGCACUCAUUGAUAUGUAUUCCAAGUGUGGGAAAAUUGACACGGCUCGUGAGUUUUUUGAUGGGAUACAAAUAAAGGAUGUCAUUUCGUGGAAUACUAUGAUUGGUGGUUAUUCUUACUUGAAUUUCUAUGGAGAAGCCUUGGCACUGUUCGAGCUCAUGCUUAGAUCAAACGUGACGCCUAAUGAUGUAACCUUCUUGGCCAUUCUUCCAGCUUGUGCUUGCCUUGGUGCUCUUGAUCUUGGCAAGUGGGUUCAUGCAUAUAUAGAUAAAAACUUGAAAAGAACGAAUAAUAUUUCCCUUUGGACAAGUCUCAUCGACAUGUAUGCAAAGUGUGGCUGCAUUGAUGUGGCGGAACAAGUGUUUAGAAGUAUGCAUUGUAGAAGUUUGGCUUCUUGGAAUGCCAUGAUAUCAGGGUUAGCCAUGAACGGACAUGCAGAGAGGGCUCUUGGGUUUUUCUCAGAAAUGGUCAACGAGGGAUUCCAACCCGAUGAUAUCACAUUUGUUGGAGUAUUGUCUGCUUGUACCCAAGCCGGUUUGGUGGAUCUUGGACACCAGCAUUUUAGUUCAAUGAUCCAAGAUUACAGAAUCUCACCGAAAUUGCAACACUAUGGUUGCAUGAUAGAUCUCCUGGGUAGAGCUGGGAAGUUCGAAGAAGCAAAGAUCAUGAUGAGAAAUAUGGAAAUGGAGCCAGAUGGAGCUAUUUGGGGUUCUCUGCUUAAUGCAUGUAGGGUUCAUGGACAGGUUGAAUGGGGUGAAUAUGUUGCUGAACGCCUAUUUCAGUUAGAGCCAGAAAAUCCGGGGGCAUACGUGCUUUUGUCAAACAUAUAUGCUGGCGCUGGCAAAUGGGAUGAUGUAGCAAGGAUCAGAACUAGGUUAAAUGACAAAGGAAUGAAGAAAGUUCCCGGUUGCACGUCUAUAGAGUUAGAUGGUGUAGUUCAUGAGUUCCUUGUUGGUGAUAAGUUCCAUCCCCAGAGUGAAAAAAUUUAUAGAAUGUUGGAUGAGGUAGAUAAGCUUUUGGAGGAGUCUGGGUUUGUGCCUGAUACUUCUGAGGUUCUCUAUGAUAUUGAUGAGGAGUGGAAGGAAGGAGCUUUGAGUCAGCACAGUGAGAAGUUGGCCAUUGCUUUUGGUUUGAUAAGCACAAAACCUGGGACUACAAUUAGGAUCGUGAAGAAUCUUCGUGUUUGUGUAAAUUGCCAUUCCGCCACCAAGCUAAUAUCUAAGAUCUUCAAUAGGGAAAUAAUUGCAAGAGAUAGAAAUCGUUUUCACCAUUUUAAAGACGGGUUUUGCUCAUGUAAUGAUUGCUGGUGAAACUUUAUCGAUCCGCUCAAUGGUAUAUAACAUAUGCACUUGCGUAAAAAGAAAGGUCAAUCGUGAAUAAUUUGCAUUCAUGUAAUUAACUGAUGAUUGGUACAUAAGUGCGCUCUCACUAUUGAAAUGCAAACCCUUCUUUAUUAUAGAUACAUAUACAUAUAUGAUGAGUUCACGAUUGGGAUAAUGCUAAGAUAUCCCAAUGUAGUGCAGCCGAAUCCAAUAUCCUAGAUAUCAAUUUGGAAUUCAUGCACUGGAGGGCGGGUUGAAGGAGUUCUUUCUUGCAGUUGCCAAAACGGUCUUGUCAGCUACUAUGAAAUAUGCUGCUCCCGCCACUGCAAACAUAAUAUGGGAGUUAGAUGACUAAAUAAGACAAAGGCUAUGUGUUGGUCAUUGCAGCACAAUGGAUGAGUAAGCUAACCAGUGGAUAUUAUGAGAGCUUGAGCAGUGUGAUUGAGGUUGGCUCUUGCCCAAGGUAGCAUCCUUACACUAGCCAGCUGCAUUUCAAGCAUAAUUCCAGUUAGCUAUUUACAAAUUCUCUUAGAAUACUGAAGGCUGUUAUUUUAAAACUUAUCAUGAAAACUUUGUCAGAAAAAGCUGAAUAAACCAAAAGAAAAUCGAAUAGGUAGAAAGAGUACUUACUGUUGGAAUGGCAGUGGCAAUGGUAGCAACAACAGCUGCCUUAGCUCCUGCCAUCACGCCCUCUGUUUACACAUGAAAUGAAAAAUGUAAAUUUAAGAUCAAGCAACUUUCAGAUAUGGAAAAUUUUGUAAAUUUCAUAAAUGACCAUUGAAACUGCAUUUAUUGUCCAAAACUUAUCAUUCAAGAGGAGAAAUGCUCGAGGCCAUUAUUCGGAUUUAUCUUAUGGAGAUAUACAUUACCAUGAGAACAGCGCUUGGCCAUGGCCAACUUUUGAUCCAGAGAAGCCAAGCUAGUCCUCUCAAAAGGAGAAUUAGCAGCAACAUUUCUCUUGGCCAUCUUCAAAAAUCUAAUUGAACAAAAGCUAAUAAUGGAAGAAGUCUCAGGAAACAGAUGAAUUGCCGAAGUAGCUUUGGAUGAAGAGUUGUUGAAGUUGCUGAUAUAUUUAUACUGAGUUGGAGAGAAAAUGUCAUUAACUCAACAAUGUUUCCAAAGAAGAGAAGGGUGGCAGUGUGGCAGAAGGGAGUUUGAUGGUUUCAGCUGAAAUCCACUGUCCAUAGACAGUUGUUUUCACUUGGGUUUCUGUUUCUGUCGGUUGAUUCUUUUGCUGUUCCCGAAGUACUCCUACUUUUUUAUUCUUAAGGUUGUAAAUGCUAUUAGUUUUAUCCAAAUUCGUGCAUGUGCGCAAUUUCGAUACUGAGAUACUGAUAUGUCGGAUCCUAUUAGUAUAAUUAAUUUUUAU